ACGUCACGCUGCGCGUCGCGGGGGCCCCGCUGGAGCCGCCUCAGCGGUCGCCGGGUGCGCGUCAUUGGUGUGCGCCGCGCCGGACUCCGCGGCUCCGGGUACAGAGCGCGAUGGCGGCGCUAGGAGGCGACGGACUGCGGCUGCUGUCGGUGUCUGGGCCGGAGCCGGAGCCCGAGUCGGCGGCGCUGAACGGCGCGGGUCCUGGCCUGUGCUGCUGGGUGUCCGUGUGCUCCUGCCUCAGCCUCGCCUGCUCCUACGUGGGCAGCCUUUACGUGUGGAAGAGCGAACUGCCCAGGGAUCAUCCCGCGGUCAUCAAGCGGAGAUUCACCAGCGUCCUCGUGGUGUCCAGCCUCUCCCCGCUCUGUGUGCUGCUUUGGCGAGAGCUCACGGGCCUCCAGCCAGGCAUAUCCCUGUUCACUCUGAUGGGCUUCAGGCUGGAGGGCAUCUUCCCCGCCGCGUUGCUGCCGCUGCUGCUGACCAUGAUCCUGUUCCUGGGCCCCCUGAUGCAGCUCUCCGUGGACUGUCCCUGGGACUUGGCCAACGGGCUGAAAGUGGCCCUGGCCCCCCAGGCCUGGGCACGAUGCCUGACGGACAUGCGCUGGCUACGGAACCAGGUGAUCGCCCCCCUGACGGAGGAGCUGGUGUUCCGGGCCUGCAUGCUGCCCAUGCUGGCCCCUUGCACGGGCCUGGGCCCUGCCAUCUUCACCUGCCCCCUCUUCUUCGGUGUCGUCGCCCCUUCCCUUACAGCCCAUUUUCACCACGUGAUUGAACAGCUCCGUUUCCGCCAGGGCAGCGUGGGAAGCAUCUUCUUGUCAGCUGCGUUCCAGUUCUCCUACACAGCAGUCUUUGGGGCUUACACAGCUUUCCUCUUCAUCCGCACAGGACACCUGAUUGGACCGGUCCUCUGUCACUCCUUCUGCAACUACAUGGGCUUUCCCGCGGUGUGUGCAGCCCUGGAGCACCCCCAGAGGUGCCCCCUGCUGGUGGGCUAUGCCUUGGGGGUGGGGCUCUUCCUGCUCCUGCUGCAGCCCCUCACUGAGCCCAGACUGUACAGCAGCCUGCCCCUCUGCCUGCUCCUGGACCGAACAGGGGCCUCAGCCACCUCGCUGUGCUCCUGACCUCUGCUCCCUCCCUACAGACUCUCGUGGGCUCCCCAGCCCCACCCAAGAGAAAUGGGUGGGAAGGGCAAGCUGGGGUCCCUGAGAUCUCAGGAAUUUUGGUGGGAGGACUAGAAGCCAGAGCUGCUUGAGCCCCCAGAACUGAGAGAAAGGGGAUCAGGAUCCCUGUGGGGCCGGCCAGCCCCUUCUGCACUGUGCUGCUCCUGGGCCUUGGGGAGGCUGCUGGGGGCCAGAAGCAGUCCCUCUGACCUCCCGGGGUUUUCUCAUCUUUUUGCAUCAGACUUUGUAUUCAGAUAUUAAAGAGUUUUAACUUGGGUAA